AUGGUUCAAACACCCCAGCAACGACGUGCUAAUGAGCGCUUUGCAAAGAACGAAGCGGCCAAGCGCGGAAAAGGACCAAUCGUGAAGCCCAAACAACAGGCCAAGUCACCCCUUUCUGCUAGCUGGGUCGUCGUCCUAGCCUUCGUCGUCUGCGGUGGGCUCAUCUUGGAACUCCUGAGGAUCGUUCCCGAGCUCUGGAGUGCGGUGGCCUCAACCUUCUCCCGGCUCACAGGAUAA